CCAGGUCGGCAGCUGAGAGUUGUUGAACGGACUGAAUCUGGGAGUCGGUGUGAGACCAACGAGCCUGUCACUGAGCUGUCCGGAGGGAAGAGGCAGAACCUGGAAGCAUAUGAUCUGAGGAGCUGGAAUCAGGAUGCAGUUUUCAGUCAGACUGAGUUUCUUCCUGCUGGGCUUUGUUCUCAUCGCAGUGUUACCUCACACAGCAAAAGGCCAAGUCUCAUCACCUCGGAGAUUUCGUGUAAAAGUCCUGGGACAGGACAAGCUUGAGGUAUCGUGGAAAGAACCAAAAGGAGAUUUCGAAGGCUACAAGGUCAUUUACACCACACGUCCAGGUGGACAACAGAAGGGGGUUGAACUAGCAAAGCAGGAAACAAAUCUGGUUAUCAAAGAUUUUGACCCCUCAAAAGAAUACAACUUUAAGAUCUUCGCUGUGAACAAGGGGAAGGAGAGCAAACCUCUUCAAGGAAAAUAUGAAGCUCAGCAAUUAGGCUCUGAAACAGCUCAGACCCUAGGGGGAAAAAAGAGCGAUGUCACACGAGAAAACAACGAGAUCUCGGAAGCUGAAGAUGGAUUCAUGUGCAAGACUCCUGCCAUAGCCGACAUUGUGAUUCUGGUGGAUGGCUCUUGGAGUAUCGGUCGCAUUAACUUCAGACUAGUUCGAGCCUUUCUGGAAAACCUGGUCAAUGCCUUCUCUGUGGAAUUUGAUAAGACGAGGAUUGGACUUGCUCAGUACAGUGGAGAUCCCAGGAUCGAGUGGCAUCUGAAUGCUCACACCACCAAAGAGGCUGUGAUAGAGGCUGUGAAAAACCUGCCCUAUAAAGGAGGAAACACACUGACAGGUCUGGCUCUCACAUUUAUAUUGGAAAACAGUUUCAAAGCAGAAUCUGGGUCCCGGCCUGGUGUUCCAAAAAUAGGAAUCCUCAUCACUGAUGGGAAGUCCCAAGACGAUGUGAUUCCUCCUGCCCGAAGCCUGAAGGAUGCUGGGAUAGAACUGUUUGCUAUUGGUGUUAAAAACGCAGAUGAAAACGAGCUGAAAGCAAUUGCAUCUCCUCCUGAGGAGACUCACGUCUACAACGUGGCAGACUUCAGUGUGAUGAGCGACAUCGUGGAAGGUCUCACCAAAGCACUCUGUGACCGUGUGGAUCAGCUCGACAAGAAAAUAAAAGGGGAAGGAGAGCCAUCUCCACCCGUCACCUCCAUUGCACCCCCUCGUAAUCUUGUGACAUCGGAGAUAACAGCCCGGAGUUUCCGGGUGAGGUGGACUCACGCACCAGGCCAAGUGGAGAAAUAUCGAGUGGUUUACUAUCCCGCCAGUGGAGGACAACCAGAAGAAAAAGUGGUUGUGGGGACAGAAAACAGCGUGGAGCUGACCUAUCUGAACUCCCUCACAGAGUACCAGGUGGCUGUUUUUGCUGUCUACCGCAACUCUGCCAGCGAUGCCCUGAGAGGAAGUGCCACCACAUUGGCACUGCCCACAGUAAACGACCUAGAGUUGUUCGAUAUUACUCACAGCACCAUGGGGGUCCGCUGGAAGAUCGCCGCUGGGGCUUCGGGGUAUAUGAUCCUGUACGCCCCGCUGACUGAGCAAGAAGCUGCAGACGAGAAGGAGGUGAAGGUGGACAAUUCUGUAAAUGAGGUGGAGCUUGAAGGAUUGACUCCAGCCACUGAAUACACUGUAACAGUUUACGCCAUGUAUGGAGAGGAGGCCAGUGAUCCCAUGACCAGCCAGCAGACCACAUUACCACUGCUCCCAGCAAGGAACCUACGUUUCUCAGACGUGAACCACAGCUCCAUUCGCAUCAUGUGGGAAUCCCCUUCAAGGUUGGUCCGAGGCUACCGCAUCAUGUACGUCAAGACCAGCGGAGUCCAAACUAAUGAGGUGGACCUUGGUGCUGUGACAAGCUAUUUGCUUAAAAACCUCACCUCCCUGACCGAGUACACAGUAGGGGUCUUUGCUGUCUACAAAGAAGGAGAAGCUGCAGGGAUGACCGAAAGUUUCACCACACAGGUGGUCCCAGACCCGCUGGAUCUGAGGAGCAGCGAUGUCUCCUCAGACAGCUUCAGGGUAUCAUGGCAGCACCCCGCCUCUGAUGUGGUGCUGUAUCGACUCAUCUGGACACCUACGGAUGGGAGUGACAGUGAGGAGGUUCUGGUGAAUGGAAACAUUAACACUUAUCUGAUUAAAGGACUAGAGCCUGCCUCAGAAUAUGAAAUCCUCCUGACUGCUGUCUAUGCAAACGAGGCUGAAAGUGAUGAGGUCAUUCUAAUAGAAACCACCGCUAAGAGGACAACUACAGUUGCUACAACAACCACAAGGACAAUAACUCCUCGUUAUGCAGUGAAGAAUCUGAGGAUCGAUGAAGAAACCACAUUUAGCAUGCGGGUGUCAUGGCAGGCUGUGGACUCCAGAAAUGUCCGCCAUUAUCGACUGACUUACAUCAGUGCCAAGGGAGACAGAGCAGAGGAGACGAGGACGGUGCCCUCAGGUCAAACCAGCCUGGUUCUGCAGCCUCUCCUUUCAGAUACAGAGUACAAAGUCACCAUCAUCCCUGUUUAUCCUGAUGGAGAUGGCCCGGUAUCCUCACAAAUGGGUCGGACACUCCCUCUUUCAGCUCCUAAGAACCUGCGUGUCUCAGAAGAAUGGUAUAACCGCUUCAGGAUCAGCUGGGAUGUUCCUCCAUCACCCACCAUGGGGUACAGAGUCGUCUACCAGCCUCUUUCGGCCCCGGGACAAGCUCUGGAGACCUUUGUGGGAGAGGAUGUGAACACCAUGCUGAUCCUAAACCUCUUGAGUGGGACAGAGUACAGUGUCAUGGUCAUCGCGUCCUAUACCACAGGAUCCAGCGAGGCUCUUUCCGGAAAGGCCAAGACUUUGUACCUUGGAGUAAGCAAUUUGAGUACAUAUCAAGUGAGGAUGACUGGUGUGUGUGCUCAGUGGGUGCCUCACCGGCAUGCCAGUUCCUACAGACUGGUUAUUCAGUCUGUAACUGGUAGUCAGAAGCAAGAGACCAAGCUUGGCGGAGGAGCCAGCAGACACUGUUUCAACAACCUGAAGCCCAACACAGAAUAUAAGAUCAGUGUAUAUUCUCAGCUGCAGGAUGGGACCGAAGGACCUGCAGUCACAGCAAAUGUGAAGACAUUACCAGUCCCAACACAAGCACCGGCCAAGCCCCCAACCACGACUCCACCACCCACAAUCCCUCCUGCUAAGGAAGUUUGUAAGGCAGCCAAAGCAGACCUGGUCUUUUUAGUGGAUGGUUCUUGGAGUAUCGGUGAUGACAACUUCCUGAAGAUUAUCCGUUUCCUGUACAGCACCGUCGGAGCUCUGGACCGGAUCGGCCCAGAUGGCACACAGGUGGCCAUCGCCCAGUUCAGUGAUGACGCUCGAACUGAGUUCAAGCUGAACUCCUACGGUGACAAAGAGCGUCUGCUUGAUGCCAUCAACAAGAUCUCCUAUAAGGGAGGAAACACUAAAACAGGUCGGGCCAUCCAGCAUGUGAAGGAAAACAUCUUCAGCGUUGAGGGAGGAGCCAGGAAAGGGAUCCCCAAUGUCCUUGUGGUUCUUACUGAUGGUCGAUCUCAGGAUGAUGUCAACAAAGUUUCCAAAGAGAUGCAGAUGGCAGGGUACAUUGUGUUUGCUAUCGGCUUCGCUGAUGCCGACUAUGGAGAGUUGGUCAGUAUCGCCAGUAAACCAAGCGACAGGCACGUUUUUUUUGUGGACGACCUGGAUGCCUUUCAGAGGAUCGAGGAGAAGCUGGUAACCUUUGUGUGCGAGGCCGCCACUGCAACUUGUCCGUCAAUACCAAUGAGUGGCAGCACGACCCCAGGUUUCCGUAUGAUGGAGCUGUUUGGACUUGUUGAAAAUAAGUACAACAGCAUCGCUGGUGUUUCCAUGGUACCUGGCACCUUCAAUGCUUUCCCCUGUUUCCACCUGCACAGCAAUGCUCUGAUGGCACAGCCAACAAGGUUUAUCCAUCCCGAGGGGCUUCCUUCUGACUACACCAUCACCCUGCUGUUCAGAGUACUGCCUGAUAGCCCAGAGGAGCCUUUUGCAAUCUGGGAGAUCCUCAAUAAGAACAAUGAUCCGCUUACUGGAGUCAUCUUGGACAAUGGAGGGAAAACUCUAACAUUCUUCAACAACGACUACAGGGGGGAAUUCCAGACUGUCACAUUUGAAGGUCCAGAAAUCAAAAAACUCUUCUUCGGGAGCUUCCAUAAGCUGCACAUUGCAAUCAGCAAGACGAGUGCCAGAGUGUUCAUCGACUGCAAAAUGGUGGCAGAGAAAUUCAUCAACGCAGCAGGAAACAUCACCACAGAUGGAGUUGAAGUUCUGGGCAGGAUGGUUCGUUCUCGAGAGAACAAGGACAGCUCUGCACCGUUCCAGCUCCAGAACUUUGACAUUAUUUGCAGCACUUCAUGGGCCAACAGAGACAAGUGCUGUGAACUUCCCGGUCUGAGGAAGGAGGCAGACUGCCCAGCCUUGCCCAAAGCCUGCACCUGCACACAGGACAGCAAAGGUCUACCUGGUCCUCCCGGAGUUCCUGGAGGCCCCGGAAUCAGAGGGGCCAGAGGCGAUCGUGGGGAACCAGGCCCGGUGGGGCCCGCAGGUCCAGUUGGAGAUACAGGUGUACCCGGACCUCAAGGACCACCUGGACCUCAAGGACCAAGUGGGCGCUCCAUCAUUGGACCCCCUGGCUCUCCGGGGGAGCUGGGGCAGAAAGGUGAAGCUGGCCAACAAGGACAGCAGGGUGUUCCUGGAAGACCUGGACCUGUAGGAAGAGAAGGACCUCCAGGACCCAGAGGACUUGUAGGUAAAGACGGCCCACAAGGCAGACAAGGACCUCCAGGGACUAUGGGGACUCCAGGAGCUCCUGGAGCUCCUGGAAAUACAGGCGCCCAAGGAAAACAGGGAACACUGGGACCACCGGGUCUUCCAGGAACUAAGGGAGAGAGAGGUGAACGGGGUGAUCUCCAGUCAACAGCAUCUGUUCAGGCCAUCGCCAGACAAGUCUGUGAGCAGCUGAUCCAAAGUCACAUGUCACGCUUCAACUCUAUCCUGAACCAAGCGCCCAGUCAACCGGUGUCAAUCCGCACAGUGCCUGGACCUCCGGGAGAACCUGGUCGUGAAGGUGCCCCAGGGCCCCAGGGUGAACAGGGACCAUCAGGAAGAUCCGGCUUUCCUGGCCAGAAUGGUCAGAACGGAAAUCCAGGAGAAAGAGGUCAACCAGGAGAAAAGGGAGAGAAGGGAUCUGCAGGGGUUGGGGUCCAGGGCCCCAGAGGACCUCCAGGACCUCCUGGUCCCCAAGGACAGGGCAGACCUGGCAGCCAGGGUCCAACAGGACGCCCUGGAAAUCCUGGAAACCCUGGUCGCCCCGGAGUUCCUGGACCAGUUGGGCCUCCAGGACCUCCUGGAUACUGUGACCAGAACUCUUGUUUGGGCUACAAUGUUGGAGAAGGUGAAGACAUCACUGACAUCCGCGGUAUCCCCCCAGUCCAACUCCCAUCCAGCGUCUUCCAAAACUAUGGAGAGGUUGAAGAGGACGACCCAUACCGCUACUACCAGCCCAACUACCCGGCUCCUCAACCCGUCUCUCCUGAUGACCCCGCGCUGGCGCAGGAGGACAUUGAGCUCAGGUCCCCCGGUGUGUAUCGUGGUACACGGAGCAUAAAGGUGGAAGAGGAGCAAGUUGGGUCAAAGAGGAGAAUAAAGAGAGGAGUCAAGAAUCUUCCUGGACUAACUAACUGAGAGGAAGGAGCUGGAGCACAGAGGGCUUCUUGCUGUUUGGGAUUGGAAGGCUUGGAGCCAUUAUGAACUAAUCAACAAGUGCCUGAUGUAAGGGGUUUCUUAUGGACAUUGGUAGAUGGAACAGGAGGGGGAAUGAGGUUGGGAAAACUUAACUCAUCUAUGCUAUUGAAUUAACUUCAAGAUGACAGAUUUAUUUAGUUUUAUUCAUUUUGUCUUCAUCAAGCAAAGUGCUCAAAAGGUACUGAACUUUUUUUUAAUACCCAAAAACUUUAUCAGUAUUCAAUAUAUUGAUUUGUUUUUAGAUUGUUCUUUUUUUCACCUGGUUGUUUAAGUGCCUCCUAGUGUUUUUCCUCGUACUUUAAUGGUAGGGUAAAGUAUCUCAUCUCUGAAGGUCCACUUUGAUGCGUGUUAGCCAGGGAAAGUUUUGUUUGAGCCUUUCAUUUUUUAUGUUUGACCUGUAAAAGUGUAAAAUGGUUUUAAUAUUAAAAAAUAAUCUGUUUUAAGUACAACAAUUCUUGUAAUCUUUUAUUUUGGUAAUGUUUGCAUCGCGUUGUGUGAUUAAUACCGCCAUCCGUUUGUUUUGAAGGCACCUAAAAUAUUCAGCCAGGCAUUUUUCCAUCUUCACAACUGGUAUUUGUGUAGUUUAGCAUGUUUUUAUUUCAUUUUAUUACGUGAUCUUUUCCCUUCCGAUCUGAUAAAGCCACAGACACACCUAACCUACAUAUCAAGAUGGUUUUAUAAAUGCUUAUUGCUACAAUAUUAAGCUAAAACUUGUGUGUUUGCAGUGGCUGAUUAAACUAAAACUUUAUCAAUCUAAAAAAUGGCAAGGGGAAAAAACAGACUGAAAGCUGUUUCUCACCUCUUAUUUUUUAUUUUAGCAGUUUUUUUUUUUUUUGCAACAUUUCCUGUCUGUAUUUGUAACCCUAAUCAGUUAGUCACCAAUUCCGGAGAAAAUCCUGUUGAUCUGCAUCCUUUUUUUUUAUUUUAAGUCAGCUUUUGCAAAUAAUUUAAUAAAGUACAUCCGUCACACUAAUUAAUUUUAAAUACAUGCUUGGUUUAUUAGUUUUCAUGCUGCAACCUUUUCACUCCUCCUUUCCUUGCCAGCAUGAUUAAAUGAAGCCAAAGUUUCAAACACUUUCAAUUUUGUAAAUGUUUCCUCUGUUUUUUUUUUUUCUUCUGAAGUCUCUGGUCUGUUAACAUAGCAUCCGAUCAGGAUGUUUCAAAAUACAAAAAAACAAACUAGGCAGUAAUUUAUUUUUUACUUGGUGUUGAUUUUCUCAGAACAAUAAAACUGAAGUACAAGCGUU